GCGAUCGUUCUUGAAAAGAGAUACGCUUUUAGCUGCUGCUGCAAUUUAUAAAGAACUUCAUGGAAAACCGGACGGCACCAUACCCGCAACUUUUCAGAUCGGGUGGAAGCCGGAUGUUUCACAGUCAAAACCAAAACCUAGAGGUUCUGCUACAAUGUCAUUAAAAGAAAU